GAACGCCUUUCAGGCGAUUGCCGAUAGCAGGAAGAUUGGCGGCGGCUCCGGCAGACCUGUGCAUAGAGCCCAGAUGUUGAAGCUACGGUCCGGUUCUUGACCUAGAAAUAAUGGAGCCGCCCGGCCAGCUGGUGAUGCUGGAUGUUGCUGGGCAGCAAGAGCCACAGCGGGGUCUGCGUAUACUAGAAUGGCUCCGGUACCUGCGGAUCACACUGCCCGUUACUGCCCGGGCGGAAAUAAAGCUGAAUCAGAAGCAGUUGGUUGAGCAGUUGACUUUGGUGAUGAUGGGCUCUCCUGGUCCCCCAGUUCGGCGAUUGCUGGCACACAAUCUUGCUGUUGUUUACAGUUCAGGAGACACUUUUUCAGUCUAUGAGACCAUUGAUCGAUGCAAUGAGUUGAUCCGCAGCAAGGACGAUUCUCCCAUCUACCUCCCCAACAAGCUUGCUGCUGUUGCGUGUCUUGGAGCUCUGUAUCAGAGGAUGGGGCGUCUUCUUGGAAGCACAUUUAGUGACACUGUUGCCAACCUACUAAAAGUUCUCCGUAAUGCAGAGUCUCAGGGACGUUCCGAGAUAAUGCUGAGCCUGGAAUGCAUUGUGGCUGGUCUUGGAACCUCUGCCUCGCCCUGCCAUCGAGACAUAUACAAGGCAGCCCGUUCAUGUUUGACGGACCGAUCCAUGGCUGUGCGCUAUGCAACGGCACAGUGUCUCCUGGCCCUUCAAAACGAGGCAUCGUUUAUGUGGGGCUCUGACCUAGAAAGCCUGGUUUCUCUCUGCUUCAAGGCAUUUGAAGGCAGCAGUUAUGACGUACGCUUGGGGGUAUCCCGUUUAUUGGGGAAAGUACUAGCCAGAGCCGUGCAGGGAACAUCUCCCUCAAGGCAAAACGUGCGUAAGCUGUCGCAGCAGGAUGCUCUUGGUCUCCUAUCUACUGGAUUUCUGCGAGGGAAUUCCGGGUUUCUGAGAGGUAGUGCAGACCUGCUGGGAGGAAAUGGCAGCACAACUCGCCAUGUGCAGCUGGGAGCUACUCAGGCGUACAUUGUGUUUAUCAGUACACUUGGAGGCCAGUGGCUUGCUAGAAAUGUCCCUGUACUUUUGUCACAUGUGCUAGACCUGGUGUCCCAUCAAAAAACAACCCAGAACGCCAUAGAGGCUGCCUGUGCUAGACGUUGCACCUCCUAUAUUCUCAGAGCUACAUUAGGGGAACUGCUGGGAGAGAAGGCCCAGCUGGAAGCUGCUCGAGAGAUAUGCGAGGUCAUAAAGAAGCUCAUGACGUCUGUGGAUGCUGUGCUAAGUGAAAGUAACUUGGAGACUCGCUUCUGUACUACUGAUAUCGCUGCCAGCCAGCAUGUCCUGGUCUGUGCCCUGCAAGAGCUUGGGGAUCUUAUAUUAGGACUGGGUACCACAGUUGCUCCUUUGCUGCGUGACUCCAGUGCUGGGGUCCUGGACACUGUGAUUUCAGUAGCUCUCCAUCCUUGCCUAAGUGCCCGCUUAGCCUCCGCUUGGUGCCUUCGCUGUGUGGUUGUGUCUCUGCCUUCUCUAGCCGCUCCUCUCUUAGAUCGUUGUGUUGAGCGCCUGAUAGCCCUGAAAUCCUCUUCUGAGGCAGUGAGCGGGUAUAGUCUGGCAGCAGCUGGACUGCUUGGGUCCAUCAGACUAUGCCCACUUGGUGUACCGCAAGGGAAAGGCAAGGUAAUUAUGACCCUGGCAGAAGACCUGCUGUGCUCUGCUGCCCAGAACAGUCGCUAUUCCUUGCAGAGGGUACAGGCUGGCUGGCUCCUUACUGCAGCUCUCAUGGCUCUAGGUCCUGCAAUGGUCCAGUCCCAUUUAGGCCGAUUACUUCUUCUUUGGCGGAGUGUAUUCCCACAAAGCCUCAAGGAAUUGCAUACUGAGCGCAGCAGGGGGGACGCCUUCACCUGGCAGGUGACUUUGGAAGCACGAGCAGGUGCUUUGAGUGCUAUACAGAGCUUUAUAUUGCACUGCAGGGAGCUCAUGACAGAAGAUGUUUUGCACAGACUACUUCCCCCUCUUCCAUGUGCGGUGACUUUGCUCACUCAGUUGCCCCGUCUGCAGAAGCUGUAUGGAAACCCACUGAAGGCUUGCUCUGUGCUGUACAGACAAAGACUUUACCAGUUACUAAUUUUACUGCCUCCCAAAACAUAUGAAGAAAGUCUUUGUGCCAUCAUGAAGGAAUUAGUGGCUGACCUCUCCUCCCCUGACUACACCCCUAGUGGGGCUGCAUUCUUACUACCAUCGCUCUGUCAUCCUGAUGACCUAGUACUGUUUGGCCCUUCACUGCAGGAGACUGGCCACAGGGCUUUGGAAGAGCAGCUCCUCUCUAGCAGCGGGUUUCCAGGUGGCAGUUUGGAAUAUGAGCCUCAUGCAAUCUACCAGAUGCCCUCAGAAGGAUUGUCUGUGCCAGCUCCCCUGCCUCCAGCCUUCACAGUCAUACAAGCUGCAGCCUCACUCUUUGGUGUUUUACUGUCUAAUAUGCCAGAGUCACAACGAACACAAAUAUUGGAGCAGUUGGUGGAUUCUGUCAAGCAAUCAAAGGGUUCCCGUCAGCAGAGUAUGCAGCUAUCUGCUCUGUCCGCCCUGUGCUGCUUCCUUAAACACCUGGCUACUGAUCACAUGAACUUAGGGUCAGAGGAAACUCGAAGACCAUGCCUCUGCCUGAUUCUAGGAGCCCUGGAGAGCAAUAACCCAGGGUUGCGCUGUGCAGCUGUGGAAUGCAUGGCCAGGUUGGUCCAUGUAGUGGCAGAACCUGUAUAUACAUCAGGAUUAGCACAAGCAAGCUUUGAUAAAUUGAAGAUAGCCAGGGAUGUGGUCGCUAGAACAGGUCACUCUCUAGCUUUGGGUUCUUUGCACAGAUACCUCGGAGGGCUCGGCUCCUCCCAGCACCUUGCGUCUUGUGUAGCAGUCCUUCAUUCAUUGUCUCAGGAUACCACAUCCCCGGAGGUUCAGACCUGGGCCCUGCACUCUCUCUCCAUCAUCAUUGAUUCUUCCGGACCUCUGUACUAUGUGCAUAUAGAACCCACACUGUCUCUCUUAUUGACUACGCUGCUUAGCACACCACCAUCACAUGCAGAGGUCCACCGCAGUCUGGGGCGCUGUCUGAGUGCCCUCCUGAAUACACUGGGACCCGAACUUCAAGGUAGUGGAGAGUUGGUGGCAUCACAAAGGAACUACUGCUUGCUGGCCUGCUCUGUCAUGCAGGAGAACCUAGACUGCUUGGUUCAGGCCCAGGGCAUCUCAUGCCUACAGCAACUACACAUGUUUGCUCCUAAACACGUCAACUUGGCUAGCUUGGUGCCAACCUUGUGUGAGGUCUUGCUGGAUAAUUCUAUGUUGGUUCAUCUGAGCAGCCCUCACCUGAUCUUACGCCGGGCAGUGUUGGCAUGUCUACGGCAGCUUGCACAGCGGGAAGCAGCGGAGGUGUCUGAACAUGCCAUGACUAUGGCCAAAGAUGGGGAAGAGGACUUUAAAUUGGAUAUAAAUAUGCGGGAACUGGGCUUGGAAGGAGUCCUGCUGAGCCUUCUGGACAGGGAAAGCGAUUGUCAGCUGCUGCAAGAUGUGAAAGAAACGCUGCUACACAUGCAGAGCUGCACAGGACUGAGGCGGCUUUCAUUCUGGCUGAAGCUACAUAAGGACAUUCUCUCCGCUUCUGCAGAUUUUGCGGCAAUGGCCUCAGUGGAUACCACUCAAGAGGAUGACUGUGAGCAGUCUUGCUCUGACUCUGUACUAACCUCUCAGAAGGCGGAGGCCCCGGCCCUCUCAGUUAGUCCUCGCUGGCCCACCCGAGUGUUUUCCAUGGAGUGCGUUUGUCUGCUGGUGUCUCAGUGUGUGGAAGCGGGAGGUGCUCACUUCAACAUGGUGCAGGCUCAGGAGAUGAAGCACAAGGAGCCAGAUAGGGAUUUCCUGGUGCUGCACUUGCAAGACCUGAUUCGCAUGUCCUUCAUGGCUGCCACAGAUCACAGUGAACAGCUGCGUCUGGUUGGGCUCCAGGCACUGCUCUUGGUCAUACAACGAUUCUCCUCUGUGCCUGAACCUGAAUUUCCCGGGCAUCUCAUUCUAGAGCAGUACCAAGCGAACGUGGUAGCUGCAGUAAGACCAGCUUUCAUCACCGACACCCCGCCGGAUGUUACUGCCAAGGCGUGCCAGGUUGCCAGCGCGUGGCUGGCUAGUGAAGUUGUGAAGGACCCCUCAGACUUACAUAGAGUUCAGCAGCUUCUCCUCUCUUCUCUGAGCAAAGUGCAGGUGACAAACGAGACUGCAAGUGUGUAUAGUGAGAGCACUACUAGCAUGGAGACCCUGGCUGUACUGAAGGCCUGGGCAGAGAUAAACAUUGCGGUUGUGGAGAGGAAGGCACCUGAAGGAGUGGCUUGUAGGAACUCGGGGGACAGUCUCUUUUCUAUUGUGCAAGCUGACAUUUCCACUCUGAGCAAGUUAUGGUUGUCUGCUCUACAAGACCAUGCACUGCUUACACUGACUGCAGAAUGCGACCAUCAGCUUCCUCCACAGGGGGGAGCAUUUUAUACUGCAGAGACCAGUGAUGCUGCCAGGCCACACUAUCUUGGCUCCUGGGCUCCGAUUCUGCACGCUACUUCUCUGUGGCUUAGCAGCUCUGGUUUCCUACUUCCAGACCAGGAUGAGGCUGGUAGCCGGCUCUCCCGCCCUGUUACCCCCACCACCAUGGGGCAGGAGCGGAGCACACAGCCACUGACCAAGUCACCAGAAGAUCUGAAUUCUGAGAGAUUUCACCUAAUUCUUGGAAUCUGUGUGGAAUUUCUCUGUAGUCCUCCUGUGGAUGCUCCUAUGGAAAGAAUAACCGCCUGUCUGAGGGCUAUGAGGGCACUUCUCAGAGGUGCCUGGCCUUGGGCUCAAAUCGGGGCCAAUCAUGAACUUGCCAUUGAGUUGGUCUCUGUACUGCACCGACUUCUUCUCAUGAGAGAGUCCUCAGAAGUGCAACUUCUGGCCUUAGAGGUUGGAAGACAGAUCCUGAGUGCAGCACAAGAACACAUACAGGAGAGGAGGAGGAGUGCAGAAGUUGAUGAUGGAGCUGAGGAAAAGGAGACCUUGCCAGAGUUUGGGGAGGGGCGCGAUACUGGUGGCUUGGUUCCUGGGCAUUCCCUGGUACUUGCUGCUUUGGAGAUGUGCCUUUGUAUCCUCAUCAGACAGUUACCUCAACUUAGUCCCCGUCUGUCUGGGAACUGUACUGGAAGCAGUGCAGCAAAACAAACCCUGACUCAUGACGCCAGUCUGCUGAUCUCUGCUGCUCUGGGCAUUCUAGCUGAGCUGCCCUCCCUCUGCUCUCCAGAAGGCAGUGUGUCAAUCCUCCCAACCCUGCUGUACUUGGUGAUGGGUGUACUGCAGCACACAGCUGAGCAACUCCCUGAUGGACGGCUGCCCCUGACAGUAACCUCUGCCUUACAAGCUCUGAAGGCUAUUGUGUCCUCUCCCAUGUCAAGAGUAGAAAAGACCAGAGCCUCAUGGACCAGUCUUUUGCACAGCUCCGCUUCCUCUCUGCUUCAGUCACAGGACUCAGGUCAGAAGAUGGACAGGAUUUGCAUGCUGACUGCUCUCACCAUAUUCUUGCUGUCUGCUAAUCCAGAGGUUUUGUCUGAGCCUGAACUUCAGAGUCUGUGUUUACAGAGAUUCCACUGCAGCAUUGACAGCAAGGAUCCCAACGAACAGCUGAAAUGCUACCGGCUGAUCCUGUCCAUCUUCCAGCAUCCCGCUCCUGAUGUUGUUGCCCCAUAUGUCCGUGGCUUGGCACCCCGCGUGGUUCGUCAUUUGAGCCAUGCAGAUAGCAGGAAGCCUCAGAGCCAGGCGGAGCUUCUGGUCUUGCAGGAAGGUGUACAUCUGCUGCAGGCACUUAUCACGACUAGCGAGGAACAGAACCGUCCUCCCAUGGUGUCUGUGGUUUUCCAGCUUCUCAUUUCCUUUCUACUGGAUGAAAACACACUCUGUUCUGCGACCCCGUGUUCCAGGGCUCUUCACGACUUUGGCUUACAAGGCCUGACACGGUUUGGUGCUAGUCAUCCUGCCCAGUUUCGACAACUAAUGGGUUCUUCCACAACACUACGUUCUCGUCUUGAAGCUGCUCUUCGGGGUAAUCAAGAGAGCCUCAAACCUAAACCUCGCAAUGUCAGGGGAGGGGGGCAAGGCUCCCCAAGCAUCCAGUUGAAAACUUACUUCCUGUGAGGUGUUGGCUACUUACUGCUAACUCCACUGCUCUCUUCCAUGCAGCCUUAUUGCCAGGUCCAGAGUUUCCAUAACUCGUGAUGUCAAAAGCGCCUGCAACAGAGAGAAGACAUGCAGGACUCUUUGUCAAUGAAAUUAUUGAAUGUUCUCCAUUGGAUACUAUGUUAGUGGUUCUCAGUAAUCUUAACACAGAUGCCUUAAUGAAUUGGUUGGCAAAUGUAUUAAUAUUUCUUACUCAUUACCCCAGUCUUCUCAAUCUUGUUGCUUUAAGCAGGAAUGGAACCUUCCUAAGACUGCAGAGGCAGAGGUAAGACUGGGUGCCAGUGAAUGUGGAAGGAUUAUAACCAUUUAAGGGCUCUUUCUCUGUGUAAGCUCUACUUCUGCUUUGUAAGAGUAGAGCUGAUGAAGAUGAGGAAUGUUAGAAAGCAUUAAAAAACAUUUUAGAAUUGUACUAACUCUUUAACAGAGGAUCAGGGAUAAAAUAUAGGUUUGGAAAGAAUCUCCUUUUACGCCUGUGAAUUAAUGCUGUGCCUCUCUUUUCCUUAAACACUAUUGCAAUUCUACAGCUGUAUUAUUUUAAUUAGCACAUGUGCAGCAAGAGAAACUGUUCGAGUGGGACGAUGACCUGAUGAAGAAUGUUCUACAAAACUUCUGUUUUGCACUGCCGUACCGAAUACUGUCUUGUUUUUGAUACAUUGUACUACUACUAUUUUUUCUUUUCUUUAAUGCACUACUUCCAUGACAAUAGAAUUUAAAGGCUAACAAUUUUAGGUGGCAAAAUAACUUGUGACUCCUCCACAUACUUGGUUGUUGCAACCCUAAAGAUAACCUGAAUUUGUAAUGCCCCUACAAGUAUGUCUACCAAUACAUCUAUCACACUCCAAGAGAUGAGACCUUUAGGCAACCUAUCUCUUUGCCAGUGUAGAAAACCGGAACUGGCUCCUAGGCAAGUGAUCCAUUGCCGACUCUACACUUAGGGAUGACUUUGCAUCAUGCUUUUGCUCAUCACCUUACCACUUGGUACAAUCCACAUCAACCAUUAGGAUUUUGGUUUAGUGUUCUUAUAAUUCUGAGCAAAUUAAAUGCAGUGGGCUUUUUUGUUGUUGUUUUAAGAAAUAAUGUAUUAAGAUCUGGCAACAUUUCAUUUACUUAGGAAAAUCUAGUCAGGCUCUAUUAGUAUAGGUUGAGUAUCCCUUAUCCAAAAUGCUUGGGACCAGAAGUAUUUUGAAUAUCGGAUUUUUCCGUAUUUUGGAAUAAUUGCAUACCAUAAUGGGAUAACAUGGCGAUGGGACCUAAGUCUAAGCACAGAAUGCAUUUAUAUUUCAUAUACACCUUUUACACACAGCCUGAAGGUAAUUUUAGCCAAUAUUUUUAAUAACUUUGAGCAUUAAACAAAGUUUGUGUACAUUCACACAAUUCAUUUAUGUUUCAUAUACACCUUAUACACACAGCCUGAAGGUCUUAUAAUACAACAUUUCUAAUAACUUUGUGUAUUAAACAAAGUUUGUGUACAUUAAGCCAUUAGAAAACAAAGGUUUCACUAUCUCACUCAAAAAAUUCCGUAUUUUGGAAUAUUCCGUAUUUCGGAAUAUUUGGAUAUGGGAUACUCAACCUGUAUUAUGUAAUUAAAGGGAUUUACUUAUUGAGCAAUCCCACUCCUCUUGUGUGAAACUGCUCUAGAACAGAGGUCACAAAUAUGGCUGCUGUUUACCAUUUGUCCAUUAAGGUCCAGUCCAGUAAUGAUAUCACAAUGGGCAUCUUAGUAUAUUCUGCAAUGUGAUAUUGUUUACUUGCUUUAUCGGAAAGAUUCAAGUAGGUGACAAAAGUUGUUUAGAUAUUAAAACUAGCACAUAUGUUUGACCUACUCGUUAAAAACAAAUGUAUAUACUUAAGUGUAGGGAGCUCAUCAUCACAGUAGUUUAUGCAGGAAGAUGCAUUAUAUUUUCAUUUACAUUGGUCCAGAGGUUCUCAGACGCGGUCCUCAAGUCACCCGAAUAUCCAGGUUUUAUGUAUAUCCAUGCUUGGCCACAGGUGACUAAAUUAGUACCUCAGUCAAUUUGAUUUAACCAUCUGUGCUGAGCCAUGGAUAUACCUAAAACCUGGACUGUUGGGGUGAAUUGAGGACCACAUUUGAGAAUCUCUGGAUUAGUCAUUAAACACACAAGCCUCAUAUGCAUAGUGAAAUAAGCUUGUUCAAUAAAUGUUUUUAACCUUUAAACUCAUUAACAGUGUCAUACUCAGGUUGACCACUGAGUACCGAUGGCAUCACUGCUCUGGGAUUCCAGCUAUAAAUUUUUUACACAACCUUUAUAUCCAUGUAAACAUUACGUUUGCUGAAUGAACAUUGGAACCUUAGUGAGCUCCUGACUGAAGUCUGUGACCCCAGGACUACAGAACUUUUUGAAUAGUAGAAUAUUUUAUUGUCCAUCUAUAUGUUACAUUUUAUUGGUGCACAGCACCCAAAUUAAUAGAUGUCUUAAAAUAGUAGUAGUAAUAAAAAAGUUGCUUUUGUAAUGUCCAUGCAUGAAUGUGUAAAAGGGUCAUAAUUCAUGUUGAUGUUAAAAAUGAUAAUUCCUGCAGCCUUGAUUGAGAGCAAGCUAUUUUCAUCUAUCAUUAUCCAUUUGGCUUUCUGAAUUUUCUGUUGGGUUACAGUGUGGAGGUCUAAUGUUCACAGGAGAAAGGCUUCCAAUUCAUCACAAAUCUAGUUUAUACAAGAAAAGCUUCUGCCAGUGUGACUUAGUAGGUAAGAUCUUUUUACGCAGGACCCUCUUGUUCUCCCCCUAGCUCCAUCCAUGUCACCAGUGCUCCUCUCCCUUUCCUUCAGGGAUUCUGGCACUUUGUGCUUUCAUGUGUGUUGGGAACAAGUUAUUAAGUAUAAAUCCCCCCUUCAACCCCGCCCCCUUGCCCCAGUUAUCUGUGCCACCCAGUUUGUGAUGUCAUUCACCCCUGUUGUUUGUCCCACCAAGUCUGUGAUGUCAUUGUGAUGUUUUUACCUAUGCUAUGUAUUUCUGCUAUGGGUUACCUGUUGUGUAUUGUACUUAUGCUUGUAUACUCAGUUAUUUUGCAAUCUUUUGAUGUUUCUAGUUCCUUAGUUUCCAACUAUGUUGUAACGGGAUGUAGUCAGGUGACCGUUGGUCGGGAUCUCCGGCGGUCAGCAUACCGAUGCCGUCAGUGGGCUCGGGGCUAUUCCCACUCGUGGGUGUCCAUGACACCCAUAAAGUGGGAAUAGAACCUGUGUCGAGUGCAGCGAGCCUGCAAGGGGCUUCGUUACGCUCGCCCCUCCCCUGCGGGCAUUCUAGCGGCCGGGAUCCCGGCGUCGGCAUGCUGACCGCCGAUCACCUGACCCUAACCCGUUGUAACCUACGGUAACACUAGCUGGUGAAUAUGAAGUGCAGCAACGAUCUGCUUACAUUUUGAAAACUAACAAAUACAUGAAAUGCAUACUUCCAUCAAGAUUGUUAUACACAAGAAUCUAAUGAUUUAACCUAGUGCUGUGCAUUUAUUUUCCUUAAAAAUUUUCUUUAAUAAUGAUCUGAUUCAUUAAUUGCACUUUGUUUUCUUCUAAAUCAGCAACACGAAUUGUAAUGUCUAUCUGUGUUUAUUACCUAUUUUGACGUUAAGACAUUUUUUGCGUUGCAUGUGGUGUGAAUUUUAAUGCAGUAUUAUUAAUCACUGUGAACAAAAAGCACUGUGUAUGAGCAUAAACAGUAAGAUGUGGUUUGUCUGCGGUAAACUUGUGUACUGUAGUUUUCAUUUGUGUAUUUUUAAUCUAUUCUGCAUCUUGCAGACAGCAGUUACCUUAUACUGCUAAACAAGAUUGAAUCUCACUGUUUUCUAAUGCUAAGAAAAAUAAAAUCGAAUUUCUUCAUA